UUUGUUCUGGUGACUACUGCUCAUGGAGUGCCAUUAGAAAGUCUUGAAAUAGGUCAGAAGAGAGUACGCCAUAUGAUCGAGCAAAAUGGGUCGAUGCUUAAGGUUAUUGAAGUUUUUCAGGUGGUCUUACCGUUGAUACAUGCAUAUUUCAAUGCGCAUCGCAGUUACUUUUUAGCAAGUAGCAGUACUGUGCAAACUGGAACCGCAUCGAAUAAAGAGAAGGAAAUGAUUGCUUAG